GCAGUAUUUGAGAAAACCCUGAAAUUCCUUGGCAGUUUAUCAGGUAUUCUCUCAUUGAAGAGAAUGCUGAUAGUAAUUGAGCUUCCCCAUCUUUUCCUGAAAUGUGCAGUUAUAAGGGAAUUUGGAUGUGGUCUGGGAUACAAAAGAGAUGCAUCUUGGUAAUUACUCACCCUUCACUCAGAGUGCUUUAAUAAUCUCCUGGAAUUUCUGAGUUGCCUGCUGACUGCACUGAACAGCGUUGCCUGCUCUAAAACAACAGAUGAAAAGGGGUUAGCUUUGUGUGUGUAUCAGUAGCCUCACCUCCAAUGGAGAGAAAAAGGACUUGGUAAUUCACUGAGAAGUGAGUUAUUCAGCUGACGGGAAAGUUCCCAGCAUCUUUGCCAUGGACUCGUCUGUGUUCCUGCUGGAGAAGCAAGCCAGCAGUGGAACCCCUUGUGGUUCUGAACGGCUUGUGGACCUCGAGGACAAGUUGAAUUUGCCAGCAGAAGGAGAUGGCGUUAAGAUUGCUCGCAUAAAUGAAGGCAAAGUGCCAACUGAAGGAGAGAGUCUGGCACUGAUUGAUGACAAGAGCCCUUUCCAGAAUGGACCAGCAUCUUGCUUUCCUGAUCUCCCGGCAUCUGUCGAUCUUGCAAGCGACCCGCAUGGUGAAGAGCCUGUUCCAGGUGUGCCUGGUUUCAAUGCCAACCUAAAGUCGUCUCAGGGAGCUAGUGCUGAGGGCAUAGUUCUUAGGAAAGAAGCGUUGCAGUCCCUCAAACUAAGCCUUCCCAUGCAAGAAACGGAGUUGUGUUCCUCAGAUUCUUCUCUCCCAUUGGAGAGGGAAGAACAAAUCAGACUUCAGGCAAGAAGGCGCCUUGAAGAACAGCUGAAACAGUACCGUGUAAAAAGGCACCAGGAGAGAAAGCAAUCUACAGCUAAAACCCGCCCCUCCAGUACUCUUGAUCCUGAGCUGAUGUUAAAUCCAGAAGUCUUGCCGAGGGCCAGCACUGUAGCUAUGACAAAGGAAUAUUCUUUCUUGCGGACCAGUGUCCCGCGGGGACCUAAACUGGGAAGCCUGGGCCUUCCAGUGCAAUCGAAAGAGAGAAAAAGUUCCAGGUCUUCCCGGUCCAGUAGAAUCCGAUCCCUGGCGGACUAUAGAACUGAUGAGGCAGAGGGAAACUCCGGUGGGGCUGUUCCAGUUGCCGAUUCACCAAACACUUCUCUAAAGCAGAACAGAAACAGUCUGACUUCAGUUGUGUCUGAGAUCAGGCUGACCCCUGACCCAGACGACCGCUUGGAGAAUUCCUCCUUGGCGGAAGACAGCAUAUCAGAAAUAGAUGGAAGCGACGUAGGAAUGAGGCUGGAUGGCAACGAGAGCGAUAGUUCCACCUACAGCAGUGUAUCGGGAAGGGGUCCGUACAGCACUUUACUCAACACAGAAAGCAAGCAAGGUAUUUCAUUCACCGUUAAUGGACAGGAGGUUCCUUUGGAUGCCGUCGGACAGUUUCCGUCCAUAAGAGAAGUGAUGCAAGCAGCUGCAACAGAGCAUCACAGCCAAGAUCAGGAAAUGAAUGGGGAGGUGAGGAGUCGGAGAGACAGCAUUUCCAGCAGUAUAUCCAUGGAAAGCUCUAUUGUGGGCACGCAUGAUGAGAUGUUGCAGGUCCUCAAAGAGAAGAUGAGGCUGGAAGGCCAGCUAGAAGCACUGUCGUUAGAAGCCAAUGAGGCCCUUAAAGAAAAGACAGAAUUACAGACCCAGCUUGCCGCUUUGAACAUGAAGCUUCAGACCCAGAUGGAACAUAGUCAAAGCAGCCAACAGAAGCAGGACUCCCUGAACUUGGAAGUGGCCACCUUGAAGCAGUCUUGCUGGGACCUGGAGCGAGCCAUGGCAGAGCUGCAGACUGCCUUGGAGGCCAAGAAUGCCAGCCUGGCUGCUUCAAAUAACGAUCUGCAGGUGGCAGAAGAACAGUACCAACGACUCAUGGGGAAAGUGGAAGACAUGCAGAAAAGCGUCCUUAGCAAGGAUAGCGCAGUUCAUGACCUCCGACAGCAGCUUUCAUCUUUACAAAACCAGCUCCAGCAGGUGCAGUUGGACCGCACGACGUUGACCAACAAGCUGAAAUCGUCUCAAGCAGAGAUCGCUUCUCUGCAGAAAGUUCGGCAGUGGUACCAGCAGCAGUUGGCUGUAGCUCAGGAGGCGAGGGUUAGGUUACAGAGCGAGAUGGCAAACAUUCAGGCUGGGCAGAUGACCCAAGUAGGCCUGUUGGAACACCUGAAGUUAGAGAAUGUAACCCUCUCUCAUCAGUUAACGGAGACUCAACACAGAUCCAUCAAAGAGAAGGAACGGAUAGCCUCACAGCUGCAAAAUAUUGAGGCGGACAUGUUAGACCAGGAAGCAGCAUUUUUGCAGAUCCAAGAGGCAAAGUCCAUGGUGGAAGAGGACCUACAGAGAAAACUAGAGGAGUUCGAGGACGAGAAAGAACAACUACGGAAAAUGGCUGAUUCUGCAGCAAGAUUGGAGCAGGAGCUAGAACAGGUGAAAUUGACGCUGCACCAGCGAGAUCUUCAGGUGGAAGCUCUGCAGCAGGAGCAGCUGGAUCUCAUGAAGCAGCUGACUUCCACCCAAGAGACGUUGCAGGCUCGCGAGCAGUCCUUGAGCGACCUUCAGACCCGUUACGACGACGUGGAGGCCAGGUUGGCAGAAUUGCUGGGGGAGGCCACCGCCAAGGACGAUACAAUCCAGUUUUUGCAGAACGAGAAGAUCGUCUUGGAGGUGGCCCUGCAGGUAGCAAAAGCAGGGAAAGAGGGCCUCAACGAAGGAGUGAAACAUUUAGGAGAAGGCACGGAGGCCGCAUCGGAUGUUUUGGAGCAGCUGAAGCAAGAAAUAGCUAUAAAAUCAAGUCAGGUGGAGAAUAUGCAGCAUGAAAGCGCGAAUCUCAAGAAGCAGGUGCAGAAGGUGAAAGAGCAGUACGUUCAGCAAAAGGUGAUGGUGGAAGCUUACCGUAGAGAUGCAAGCUCAAAGGAUCAGUUAAUCAGUGAACUGAAAGCUACCAAGAAGAGGCUAGACUCUGAAAUGAAGGAACUGAAACGGGAACUCCUGCAAGUUCAGGGAGAAAAAAAAACUAUGGAGGUGGAAAACUCAAGGCUGGAAAAGGAAGUGUCGCACGUUCGGCAGCAGAUAGAAGAACUGGAAAGCCAUCUGCAAGCAGCACAGAGAGAACGAGACGACAUAGAGACCCAGUUGCAGUCUUUGCAGUUUGAUAGAGAACAAAUGACUGCUCUUACAGAGAUGAAUGAAGCAUUAAAGCAACAGGUAGAUGAAAUGCAACGAGAAGCAAAAAUGGCCAUUACUGAACAGAAGCAAAAAAUGAAACGGCUGGGAUCAGAUCUGACCACGGCACAGAAGGAGAUGAAAGCGAAGCACAAAGCCUACGAGAAUGCCGUCGGAAUCCUUAGUCGGCGGCUGCAAGAAGCCCUUGUUGCAAAGGAGGCAUCGGAAGCGGAGCUGAACAAACUGAAGGCUCAAAUCACCGAUGGAGAGCAUAGCCAGGCAGGCCAGGAAAAGAUUCAGGCGCUGGAGGUGGAAUUGCAAGCUCUUGGCCACAGCAAGAUGGUGCUAGAAAAGGAACUGCAGGAAGUGAUCUCAGUCACCAGCCAGGAACUGGAAGACUACAGAGAGAAAGUCCUCGAACUUGAAGAUGAGCUUCAAGAAUCAAGGGGCUUCCGGAGGAAGAUAAAGCGUUUGGAAGAAAUAAACAAGAAGCUAUCCCUUGAACUCGAGCAUGAACGCGGCAAGCUUACUGGUCUCGGCCAGUCCAAUGCUGCUCUACGGGAACACAAUCGCAUCCUGGAAGCAGCACUGGCCAAAAGAGAGGCAGAUCUGGUGCAACUGAAUCUUCAGGUCCAAGCAGUUCUGAAGCGCAAAGAGGAGGAGGAUCAACAAAUGAAGCAACUUGUUCAGGCCUUGCAGAUGGCCCUAGAGAAAGAAAAGAUGAAAGUGAAUGACCUUAAGGAACAGGUUGCAUCCGCCAAAGCAGAGGCAGCCCAUAAUCGCCGUCAUUAUAAAGCGGCUGCCCUUGAACUCAGCGAGGUGAAGAGAGAGCUGCAAUCCAAAGAAGCACUCAUCCAGGCCCUUCAGGCUGAAGUGGACAAACUUCAGGCCAGCGAUGGGAAGCAUUCAGAAGAAGUGUCCCAGUUCCAGCAACAGCUGGCAGAAGCCAGGUCUCAGCUUCAGCUUCUGCAGAAGCAAUUGGAUGAGCAGCUCAACAAGCAGCCUGUAGAAAACCAAGAGGUUGAAGAUCUCAAGUGGGAGGUGGAUCAGAAGGAGAGAGAAAUCCAGGCCCUAAAGCAGCAGUUGGACCUGACUGAACAACGCAACCACAAAGAGUUAGAAGGCGUACAACUGGUGCUUCAGAAUAUCAAGACAGAGUUGGAGAUGGUUCGAGAUGAUCUGUCCUUAACCCAGAAGGAUAAGUUUAUGCUUCAGGCAAAAGUGACUGAACUGAAGAACAGCAUGAAGACACUUCUCCAGCAGAACCAGCAGUUGAAGCUGGACUUGAAACAUGGAAAGGUGAAGAAGAGGAAAGAACUGAAGGGAGAGAACAAUUCUUCAAAUCCCGUAACUCCGGUGAAGAUUCCCGACUGCCCUGUCCCUGCGGCUUUGUUGGAAGAGCUACUGAAGCCCCCAACAGCUGUGAGCAAAGAGCCUUUAAAAAACCUCAACAGCUGCCUCCGGCAACUGAAGAAGGAAAUGGACAGUCUUCAACGCCAAAUGGAGGAGCACACAAUCACGGUACACGAAUCGAUGUCUUCAUGGACGCAGAUAGAAGGGCAGUUAACGGACCUUACUACUACUACCUUUCCCGCCUCUGCAUCAGGCAACCAGCAACUUCCCGAUAGAGAUCUAAAGGUGCAUAAUCACAGUGAUAGCGGGGAAGAAAGGUUGAUGCAGUGACCUGACCUCAGCCCUCACGGUUUCACUGGAUAACUGUUUUAAGUAUGUAAAAAUCUGUAUCAACACAUUUGUGCAUGUGUGUGUUUUUAAAACAGACUUUCACAGUCUUCAUCUUUUUUUAUUUUUAACAACAGAGAAAUGGAAAUAGGCGAAAUAUUAUAUGAAGGCAGAGCUUUACUAAUAUUUCUUUAAAUCCAUCAACCUUAUUUGAGAGACAGUGAUCCUUUGGUAGGAAGAUGACUUCAGUGCAUCGGGAAGUUUCCACCGGAAACCUUUUCUCUCUCCUGGCUGCUCCCAAUUCUGUAAUGAACAGAGACAGAAUCUGGUUGCAAAGCUUAAUUCGGUUUCGUGGUUGCGAAGCUUAAUUGGGUUGCAAAGCUUAAUUGGGCAUGUUUUGGAGGUUACAUCCACGCUUAUCAGGAGUGCAUGCUGCCCAUGACCCUCCUGAUAUACUCCAAAAAUCCAGUGUUCGGUUCGCAGGUGCCAAGCUGUUUGCUCUUAUGGAAUAUGCACAUUGCCCCUUUCCGACAACAUGGAGGCUGCAUGUAUUAGGAGGGUCUGUAUGGGAUUACCAGCCUCCCAGUAUGCACCGGUGCAAUGUAACAUCUGGAAAGGGCUACUUUUUGUCCCUCUUUCGAUUGAGCAAAUGUCUUCAAUAAAGCUGUUGCACCUGGUGAGUUCUGAUGUUUCACUUCAAACCAGCCUUUUUCAGGAGAGGCCCUUUCCAUUAACAGUAGCAGAUGAUCAGCGUAAAGCAUAUCUUCUCUGUAACCAUAAAUCUCAAAGCCACAUGCUCUGAAGUAGCCCCAUUGCAUAUACUGGGUCUGCUUCAGAGUAAAUGGGUUGAGCAUGCAUCACCAAAGUAGAGAUCUUUGUUUUACUUUGACAGAUUUAUUUGCACUUUUGGGUGGGCUUGGGGAGGAUUAGGUAGUCUUAGAAGUCUGCUGCAGUGCCAGGGUACAUAUACUUAACCCUGUUCUGCCCUGGAGUAUCUGGUUUAAUGGGCUUAUAUAUUGUAGGUUACAAAUGGCCAAGGUUUGAAUUUUUGUUAUUUUUAAUGUUAUUACAUCUUAAGUUUGGUGUUUGGGAAAUAUUGUAUAUAAGGGGCUCAGGAAAGCUAGCUCUAAACUCAGAGCUUUUUAGCAGUGUAAUUAAUUCUUACAGUAUCUUUCAAAGAUUAAUGUUAUAUAUUGCCUAUAAACCUCUAUUUGUUAGCUUUAACGCCCCCCAUGCCUAAUUAGGUCAGCACUCGUGUAGCCUUCUUUGCGGACACAUCCUGCUGAUCUACAAUGAACAGGCUGAAGCAACAAACCUUAGACUUUUCUUCCAUCCCUGCUGAUGAUGCAAAGACUUCCUCCUGUCUAGCUAGAUUUUGAAUCAAACCGACUUGACUUUGCCUACUUUGUACUUUGAACUGCACUCUAGGAUGUGCUACAGAAAAUGGCAGCUAGGAGAAUGGAUGGGCUGUCAGGUAUGCAGGGAUGUAUUGUUGUGGAGACUGGAAAGGUUAUGGAAGUCAGGCCGAAACCUGCAGGCCCCUGAGCCUGUAACGUUUGGCAUCACUCCUCUCGUCAACACCUAAAACCAUUUAACUUAACGCUCUGGGUAUGUUGUACUAAAUGAGGAGACUGGGCACGCAGCUGCUGUUUUCAGCGGCAGCCAUGCGUUAUGUGUUGCAGUGUCUAGUUCCAGCCUGACAACAGGACAGAUCUAUUGGUGGUAAAUAUGAGAAAUCUGGAGGAAGUGGCUUAAGGAUUUAUGCCAUUGGGAAUGACAUGAUUUGUAGAUUCAUUUUUAGUAUUUCUCAAAGGCAGGUACAAGUUUUGCUUUGCUGUAUGAUCCUAAGCAGAGUUGCACCAUUCUAAGCCCAUUGGCUUCAUUUGGGUGUAAGUCUGCUUAGGACAGCAUCAUUAAUGUGCGAGUGCUUCAGCUGAUCUAGUUCAGCUAAUAUCCAGCAAGGUCACUGUAAUUUUGCUGUAGACUUCAUCCCACUCUACCUUCACCGUUUUUCUUUUUAAAAACUGACUGAUUCCCCCCUUCUUUUUUUUUAACUAGCAUUUUAAACUCAUCGAAUACUUUGCUAUUGAAACUUGACUUAUUUUUCGAAAGUCCAGUAAAUGUUUGGAUUUUUGCAUAUAAUAUAUGAAGGAAAGGUACUCAUUUAAAUGUAAAGAAGAUUUUUUUUUGGUUUUGUUUGUUUUCUUUUUUCCUUUUGCAGGGAAGGAAUAUAAGUUAAUGUGAUGUAAGUGAGUUUGUAAGACUCUUCAACUGUUAUGAAGAUGCAAAAAAAAAAUCAAAAGCUUUAUUGACCGAUUCACAUACACUGAUGGCUUAUACUACUAAAGUCUAAUUUGCAGAGUAAAUAGUAAUGUGUGAUUUUUGUUUUGCUGCUGCUGUCCACCUUCUUGAAGCUUAUGUUCCUGCUAACGUAAAAGAGUUAAACUUAAAAAUAUUAGUGUUUAAACACCAAAGUUAAUACUAUAUAAUGGUUUAAUGUAUAUCCAGCUCCAAAAUCUGCACCAAUGAGGUUUUCAUGUUGCUAUUCAGUACACUGUAUUAUAUAUAAUAUAAAAAAGGACAUGGCGUAUAUGUAUGGAAAAGAACCUGGUAUAUAUGUGUAUGUAUGUAUAUAUAUAUAUAUAUAUUAAUAUCAAGCAUAACAGAAGAUGAAACGUUUGCAGUUGUUGAACAUAAUUGCAUUUUCAGAAUUCUAAAUUAGUUCUACUGAAUUAGUUAAACCAGUUUUUCAAGGUUUCACCAAUUCCUGACCAGCUUGUUAAAAGAAGUCAGACUGUAUUCAUAAAGCAAUGUAGCCUUAAGCUCAUGUUCUCCUUGGAGGGAGAAACUGCAACUUGUGUUGUAUUUUAGCUACAGGAAAUCUGAGUUCUCCCUUUCAUUUAUCCAAGGUGAAGACUUUCCUCUGCAGGCGCACAUUCUCCCAACCCCUGCCUAGUUACACCCACUAUUUCUUUUGGUUUUGAUCAUUGAGGAAGCAAGACUUGCAGGUCUAAUGUGGGAUCCAGAGUUGCGCAGCAUAAUGUACUCCUGCUCACUCAUAAACAUGUCUGUGGAUUUCUGCAGAUUUCCCUCCCACCCUGCAGUCGCUACCCCUACCCUAAUCCCCAGCACUGCAUCCCAUGGUGUCCCCAAUCCCAAGAAUCCUGCAGCAGUCAGGGGCAGCUUUUCUGGUGGUGCAAGAAGCUGCAGAAGCCAGGUGAAGGAAUGGGGUAUGGACAGAUCUGUUCCAUGAUGAGAACUUCUUUGGAUCCAAACCCUAACCUUAGCAAAAUGCAAAGCAUCCUUCCAAAUUUGUUACAGCCACAAAAAGUUGAGGAAAUAAAGGUAAUUGUGGAUCGAUUAGCCCUCUUUCUUUGGAGACCUAGUAUUUUUCCUAUAUUCUGUGGCGCUAAGGAGAAAGUUCCUUCUGUAAUGUCAGAUUUCUUAGGUAGAUCUCUACCAAGUAAUUGAGUGGUGCCUCAAUUCCUAUUUCAUGGCUUUGAGAAAUCAGAAGAAUAAUGCCUCACAGGGACCUAUUCUGUAAGUGAACUGAUUUCUGGAAAGUGCUUUCCGUGUCAGUUGAUCCUUGGUGGUGAAUAUUUCUCAGCUGCCUUUCUAAUGGGGAAAAAGAGAUGGAAUAGAAAAGAAACAAAUGUGAUGUCUGUGUAUUGCAAAGUGGUUGGAGAAAAAAAAAACAGAUUUCAGUGUUCUUUUGUGAAUUUUGGCAGACGGUUGUUUGAGAGAGAACUUUUCCCUUCUCAACCAAAACAAAUCAAACUGUCUUUUGGUAUGAAGAAUGGACAAAAUAAAGGGGAGAUGCUGUGUUCUUCGUAUGGCAUUGGGUAAAAAAAAAAUUGUGAGAAGUUUCUGUAAGUUGCGCAUCUCCUCUUCUGCAGUAUGUUGCAUGUUAACUCAAGCAUCUUCCAAGUUAUUUGAAGACUUUUGCAUUCUGGUCACUCAGUUCUUUCUUUCCCUGGCAACUUUGGCAAACCAUGCUCUGGCCAUAUUCCUUUUUUAUUCUUUAAUCAGGAAAAAACUUUUCAUUUGAGGAAAGCAGGAUCAUUUCUAGAAUGACAUCUGCAUGCCAAUAAAUUGUUUAUCAUUGCUGUAAUCUAUCUAGAGUCUGAUACUGUGGAAGGGAGCAUUAAUGCUCGAUAACUUUUCCCUUCUAAACCAAAACACAUCAAACUGUCUUUUGGUAUGAAGGAUGGAUAAAAAGGGGAGAUGCCGCUUUAAUUUACAUUAUGUAUUCCUUGCCACAUGAUACUCUAUAAUAAAACAAUAUAUUUUAUGGAUGCAUUAUUUUUUUUCUCCUAAAAGACAUCAGUCUUGCCUUGAGUAGACCUGUGUAAAUUUCUUGGAAAUAACAUCUGAACGUUGUCAUGCAAAUGCUGUGUCUCUGUGCAGGUUUUCAUCCAGUUGCUGAGUCAGAUUGUAUUGGCAAGGGGAAAAAACAUCACUGUCGUCACAAUUUUAAUUGGGAGACCCAACUGUGAGAGGGAAUAGUUAACAUUGUGUUUGACUAUGGAUUAAUGGUUGUGAACUUUAAAAGCAUGUUAAUUUAAAAAGGAUUAAGAUGUGCAUAAACGUUCUUGAAAGCUUUUGUGCAAUAAACUAUUUUUCAUAA